ACCCUGCUCCCUCUCCAUUCUUCCAUUCCUCACCAGUCACCACUACGCACCUUUUUUUGCUUUCUCUCUGCCUUCGCACGCAGACAGUCUCGUUCUCUUCUUCCUCGGGAUCCGAUCCGACAACCCGACAACCUGUGGAAGUACAAAGAACAACAAAAGACUGUUGGGGUUUCAAUUCCCGAGGGAUCGUAGUGCGUGCUCCCUUGAUAACUCACUCUCUUGCAUCUCGUCCUUCCUUUGUCCCAAUAAGAAGGAGAUCCUGUCAGAAUUGAAGUGAUCGAUUGGAAGUAUCUCUGGCGACAUUCCAUUUUUGAAGCAAAAAGGAUUUUCUUGCUAGUUUCGGGAAGAUCCAACUCUGUGUUCUUCAAGAACUAGCUGCAGGUCUCAGGAUAUAAUUAAAAGGAGAGGAUCGAAUAUGAACACAUUUUCACGUGUCCCCCCAGGAUUUCGAUUUCACCCUACUGAUGAAGAACUUGUUGAUUACUACCUGAGGAAAAAGAUCACUUCAAGGAGGAUCGAUCUUGAUGUCAUUAAGGACGUCGAUCUUUACAAAAUUGAGCCGUGGGAUCUUCAAGAAUUAUGCCGUAUUGGGGCGGAGGAUCAGAAUGAGUGGUACUUUUUUAGUCAUAAGGACAAGAAAUAUCCGACCGGAACUCGCACAAAUAGAGCCACCGCAGCCGGAUUCUGGAAAGCAACGGGAAGAGACAAGGCUAUUUACUCCAAGCAUGACUUAAUUGGCAUGAGGAAGACCUUAGUCUUUUAUAAAGGCCGAGCUCCGAAUGGACAGAAAUCUGAUUGGAUUAUGCAUGAAUACCGUUUAGAAACAGAUGAGAACGGAACUCCUCAGGCAAAAGGUUGGGUUGUUUGUCGGGUGUUCAAGAAAAGAAUGGCAACCGUACGCAAGAUGAGUGAGCAUGGAUCUCCAUGUUGGUAUGACGAUCAGUCCUCUUUCAUGCCCGACCUCGACUCGCCCAAGCAAACUUCACACCCUAAUUUUGCUUACCACCAUGUGCCCUAUGCUUGCAAGAAAGAGCUGGAUUAUCAAUAUCAAGUUCCUCAAGAACAUUUCCUUCAACUCCCACUCUUAGAGAUCCCAAAAAUGCUCAAUUCAUCAGUUGCACCAUUGGUUGGCCUACACAUGAACCCUGCAAUUAGCACUAUGCAGUCAUCACCGGCCAUGACCGAAGAAGAACACAUACAAAAGACAAACAACAGCAGUGCCCAACUGGCAGAUCAGUUAACGGAUUGGCGAGUUCUCGACAAGUUUGUUGCUUCUCAAUUGAGCCAAGAGGAUGCUCCUGAAAAGCACAAUUAUUCCAAUGAAAACCACAUCUUCGCACCAAACAUCGACAUGAACAUUGUGAGGAAAAUGGACGAGCAAGAAGCUGAAGUGAUAAUGCCACAGAACAACACCUCGACCAUGCCUGUCUCCAACCCUCUAAUUGAACUCUGGAAGUGACAUGGUAAUAAUAGACUUUCACUACUCAGUGGUAUAUACUGAUUGUAGGAUAUUCAUCUUAGACGAUGGAAGUUGUUGGCCAACUUCUUGUGUACAUUAUAAAGCGAGGCCGGCAGUAUAUAAAUUCGACCAUUGAGCUUCUGUCUGACCUUUGUAUAAUGUUUAACUGAGCGAAAAUGGUUAGAGAGGAGGUCAUUUAUAUUUCUAGAAACAUGAGCAACUCCAUAUAGGUAUUAUGAUGUGUACUGUGUAGGUUAAUGUUGUUGCACCUUUCUUGUGAAGGACAGGCUUAUGUGUAGCCUCCACCUGAACUGUGUAAGUUGUCGCAGCCGCAUGCGCUGUUUAUUCAAGUUCUUGAUAUGUGAUCAUUAUUGCGGAUGUGUUGAUUGUA